CCCACCAAUGCCAGAAUCAAACAUACGCCCUUGUUUGGGGUUGUACAUGGUGAGGGACAAGGAAUGUGUUUCUUAUACGUAUGAUAUAAACCAUAUGCUGCUUCAUAUUACAAACCCUUGGGAAGGUAAAGUCAAGGCUUGCGUGUGAGCAAGGCUUAAAUACUGUAGUACAGGGAAAAUAGUUUCAGUUGGUCUUGAAGUUUUGUCCUGGGUUUUGUUCAGGAUGGCUCACCAGGACUGCUCGGCUUUUAUUUGUUUGGUUAAUAAGUCUAUCUUUUGAAAAUGAAACCUACGGCUUGAGUAUUUUAUUCUUAAAGAACCCAUAAAGAAAAGCACAACAUUUCUUUGUUGUCGUUUUUUUUUGUUUUGUUUAUGGAUCGAGUACCUGUGUAUGACCUUCUGCCUGUUUAUGGAUUAUGAUUGUGGAUUACCCCUUUGCUUUUAAUAAAAAAUAUUGCAUUUGGAUCCGCCACCUUGUCUUGCCUUGCUUCACCGUAACAACAUACUGGCUAAGUUUGCUUGGUGGACUUCGGCUGUUGCAUCUAUCAAAAACUCGUCCUCGCCUUCAAAGUCUCUGUCCUUCGAAUGAUCCAGCCAGAAAACUAUUUCUAUGGGUGCAUCCCAAUUUUCAUUUAGUAACUAAUGUCCAAUGAACAGCUGAUACAUGAACCACGGAUCUGAAUGAAAACAUACUGUGCGAAUGGUUUGUGAUUACAAACAAAGGUUAAUGUCUGAAGAAGUAUAAUAGUUCCCUCUGGAUUCAGCCAUUUGGUGUCAGUCUUACAGCUCCAAGGGACGCUGUUAAAAUGUUUCGAUUGUUUGGAUAAAGACACGAUGACGCAGAUUUCGAUGUCACACUGAUACAUGAAUGUCAUUGAAGUUACACAUGGCUUCAAGUAACAAAAUGAACCUCAAAACAUGCUGCCUAUACAUUCACAGGCAGAGAUGCCUAAAGUUGAUGUUUACUGGCCUGUUACUUGGAAUUACAGGAUUUUUGGUUGUAUGGACUUACGUUGAAAGUCAAGAAGGGAAACAACCUCCAAUCAGCAUUUUGUUUCAGCACAUUGCCAAACUUUACAACUCCAGAAACAACUUCACAUCUCCUGCUGAUGUUCUGCUAGAAAUCAGUUCAGAAGACUCAGAAACAAAUUCAAGUUCAUUUUACUCUGAAUUUGGAAUCAGUUCAGAAAGUUACUCCAGUUUACAGCAGAAACUCUUCUGGGCUGGACCAGACAGAUCAAUAACAGAUGUGUCUAUGAGUACAAGUUCUGCUCACUCCACUUUCAUCAUUCAGAACCUGAAAGACAGCUACCAAAUAGGGGAGGAGCUUUUUGUUACUAUCCAUGCCAAGGACUUUAACAAUAAAUAUAAACGUUAUGGAGGAGAUUUCUUUCAAGCAAAGCUUUUCUCAUCCAGAAGUCCCCAAAAGGCCAGUGUGUUUGGGGAGGUGGUGGAUUUGCUCAAUGGCUCUUACUCUGUGCGUUUUCUUCUGCCGUGGGUUGGACAGGCACAGGUGGCUGUGCGUCUGAUCCACUCCAGUGAAGCUGUGCAGGUCCUCAAGCAUCACAGAGAAACUGAUUCAGACAGAGUUUACUUUAAUGGAUAUUUUGAAGGACUAGGACCAAAUGGAAACAAGUUGAAAGAAACAGUGACGUGUAAUGUGAAGUGGGAACAGAAUGGACUGGAGAGGAUGGGGACUGGAGAUUGCUGCUGUGAUUACAAAGAUUCUCGCAGUGGAGAAGAAUGGCGCUGUCAGAGACCCAAAUCCCUGCCAUGCAGCGCUCGUGUCUAUCACUCUAUGGGCGGGUAUAUUAAACGCGUGACGGCCAAAGAAGCAAUGUUUAUGAGUGAAACCAACAAAGACAUCAAUGGACAAAGAACACCAAUCAAGAUUCUUCCUUCCAGUGAAACAGUAAGAAUUGAUAUAACACAGAAAUGUCGUCCUGGUUUGCACUCACCAGUUCCAGCUGGGUUUUACCUGAAUGAUGUUUGGGAGUCCUUUGUGUGUAGAACCCGUAAUUUUACUACCGAAACAACAAGACAGUGCCUGAAAGACAAACACAUCCACAUGAUGGGAGACUCUACUUUGAGACAGUGGUUUGAAUUCUUGCUGAAAGCAGUACCAACUUUAAAGCGGAUGAACCUGCAUGUUCAAUAUGAGGCAGGGCCUCUUCUAGCAGUGGAUGUGGAGAACAACAUUGACUUACACUGGAGGGCUCACGGUCUUCCUCUACGCUGUCUGAAAACAGAAGUGACUAAUCUGCACUACGUCAGUAAUGAGAUUGACGAUCUGACUGGAGGACCUCACACUGUUAUUGUAUUUAAUCUGGGGCCACACUUCACAACAUACCCUCUCGAUAUCUACACCCACAGAGUGUUGAGGAUCCGCAAAGCUGUGCUAGAUAUGUUACAACGGGCACCAGAAACUACCGUUAUAAUCAAGACUGUCAACACCGGCUAUAAGGAUGUGUUUGGCAGUGACUGGUAUUCUCUGCAGUUGGACAGAAUCCUACGGUGGGCUUUUCAGCAUGUUGGUGUUUAUAUUUUGGAUGUUUGGCAAAUGACAGCCUGUCACUACAACGAAGAGGACAUUCAUCCAGGUCCUGUUAUCAUCAAAAAUGAGAUAGACAUUUUUCUUUCUUUCAUUUGCCCUGAAUGAUUUUGUCAGGAGCAAUCAGGAGAUAAAAAAGGAGAUUUUUACAUUCAUUUUUGUUUUCACCACAGUGUGCAAUUAAAGGUUAUGAGUUUUAAAUUUGAUGUUU